ACUGGGCCGGCCGCUCGGCUCUUCUGUGCAGCUGAAACUGCUCCUUGGUCCUACCUGUUCCUUGGUCCAGCAGUGUCCUCACGGUCUUCUCUCCCUGGCGCCGGCAUCUUUACUGUCUGCAGUCUCUGGUCAUCUCCUGUACUAUGUCUGCAGUCUCUGGUCAUCUCCUGUACUAUGUCUGCAGUCUCUGGUCAUCUCCUGUACUAUGUCUGCAGUCUCUGGUCAUCUCCUGUACUAUGUCUGCAGUCUCUGGUCCUUGUCCUGUACUGUGUCCGCAGUCUCUGGUCCAUCUCCUGUACUGUGUCCGCAGUCUCUGGUCCAUCUCCACUGUGUCCGCAGUCUCUGGUCCAUCUCCUGUACUGUGUCCGCAGUCUCUGGUCCAUCUCCUGUACUGUGUCCGCAGUCUCUGGUCCAUCUCCUGUACUGUGUCCGCAGUCUCUGGUCCAUCUCCUGUACUGUGUCCGCAGUCUCUGGUCCAUCUCCUGUACUGUGUCCGCAGUCUCUGGUCCAUCUCCUGUACUGUGUCCGCAGUCUCUGGUCCAUCUCCUGUACUGUGUCCGCAGUCUCUGGUCCAUCUCCUGUACUGUGUCCGCAGUCUCUGGUCCAUCUCCUGUACUGUGUCCGCAGUCUCUGGUCCAUCUCCUGUACUGUGUCCGCAGUCUCUGGUCCAUCUCCUGUACUGUGUCCGCAGUCUCUGGUCCAUAUCCUGUACUGUGUCCGCAGUCUCUGGUCCAUAUCCUG